UCUUGGCCAGUGGCUGAAACUCUCUUGCCUGAUUGGCUGAACACCCCAGGCCCAGAAGCUGCAGCAGGUGUUGAGUGACAAUCUGCCCGUGGUGUGCUUACCUAGUCCUAUACCCUGUACAUUGAUCCAACUUCCAACGUUCUAAGAAGAAACUUUGAGGGAUGAAAACAGAAAAUCCAGCUUCAGGUGGUGCCAUGUCAGAGUGUGGAGAAAUAGACACUUGGAAAGACUGCCUGGGUAAGGUAGAGACAAUUUUGCCUGACCAUCGAUGCCAAGACCACCUGCAUGAUAUUUCGUUCUGUCGGUCUGUCAAACCUAUGACCACCAGGACUUUAGACGACUUCGAGGAAUUGGUGUUCACCGUUGGGCGCGCAGAUGACGAGAUGCUGAGGCAAUUGUCGGGAGAGUUCAUGGCAAGGCAGUUCGUUAGUGACCACAGAUACUGCCCGGUGAAGUAUGACCGUGGUCGUAAAGACCAUACUUCUCGUAUCUACCUCCACUGCCAACGGGAACUGCCACCUCCCAAACUGAUCGUGGACGCAGGUAAGGAGAGUGCCAGUGUUUGUGGGGAUGGUUCUUCAGUAUUAACGUUUUUGGAGCUUUCCUGGGGCGGUGAAUGUCGUGGCCGCGUCGACAUACGACUGUUGGGCAACACAGUCAUGGGUCACCACUUCCGGAGACUUUGUACUGGGGAGGAAGGCAUCUCUUUCCGCAACACCUUCUUCCAUGGGGCUGAGAGGAAGAACAGACCGGGAGAAUCUAUCAGAUGGUGGAGCGGUAACCUCAGGGCCAUUAGCGUUAAACCUAUGAAGCAAAAUCCAACUACAGUGGCUCUGAAAUUGCCUGUCACAGAUGGGCUUGUGUCAGGAGAAGUAAGAAGCGAGACAUUCGGUUUCGUGUUUCGUAUCUACACUAAAGAUUCCCAUGGUAAGCUACAGGAGGAAACCGCCUUUGGUACAGUAGAACAUGGAUUAGAUAUUCUUCAAUAUGCUGUCAACUUGAAUGCCAAGGAUGUAAUCAUCUAUGAGUGUGGAAUAGUUCUGGAGGACAUUACGAUGACCGAAAGGCGACUGAAUAAUUAAUGUUUGUUAAGACUGUACCAGUGAAUUUUAUCGUAUUUCGUGUUUUAAUGUGACGACUUUAGGAAAGAAGGUGCAGAUCUGUAUUUUCUAAAAUGAAUUUAUAUUUAUACCCUAGAGAAUUUUACUACUGGAGUGUGUUAGGACGCCUGUGACACUGAUAGUUCUCUGGUGAUACCUGGGAAAAAAAAGUUUUUAAUAUUUAGGUUUGUAGAGAAAACUGGGUUCCUCCUCAGUUUAACACCUAUUGAACCCCAGCACAUGCUUGCUGGCGAAUCUAUCCUAGUAAUUUACCACUUGUUAUCUGCAUAAAUAAUGACGAAACGAAUUGUUUUGAAAGAUUUUUAACGUUUGGUUUUACGAAUACAGUACAAGGAUUUAGUAUUCCCAGUGUACAUUAUCGGAGUUUGGUGCUUUAUAAAACAAAACACAUG